UGCUGGAUUCGAGCAGUUCGGUCGUGUCGUCAUCGCUGAGAUUUAAGGUUUGGGUGGUUUCAGGGGUUGGGAAUAGUUGUCGAGUGCCCUUCGAGGUCAGCCAUCAUCUUCUGUGCAAUUACAUCAUUUAUUCAAGACGCUGGAUGGAGUCAGACAAGGCGAAGAAGCCGCCUGCUAGUGCAAAUGGCUUUGGUGAGAGCGAGGUGAUUGCCAAACUUACCAAGAAAUUCAAGACCGCCUUGAAGAAGGAGCGCGAAGAGGAUGUUGCCCGAACUCAGCAGCAGAUACAGUCUCUUCCGCCCAAAAUCCUUGCUCGGCGGGGACUAGCUAUCUUGAACGUUUCGGUAUCGAGCGUGAGAACAGCACUAGGUGGGGCGACUGUUCUUGAGUUGGAACCUGAUCUUUCGACUGCUACUACAGAGAUCGAGAAGAACUCGAUCAAAACGGGUGAUAUAGUGGCAGUAGAAAAAGUCCCAUCUGCAACGGAGAAAAAAUCAAAGACUUCGAGUGGCAGCAGGGUCGAAGGAGUUGUGCUGCGACAGUCGCCAAAGCAGGUGCUGAUAUCAGUCGACGACAAGUACUCCGAGGCAGUUCUAACGCUGGAGGGGAGACUAUGGAUAGUCAAACUGGCCGAUGCAGUUACAUAUGCACGGAUGGAUGAGACGAUGGAAGACCUGAGCAAAUUGACGUCGCCCACCAGACUACAACGGAUCGUGAUAGGAACCACCAAGCCGACCAAACCGAAACAAAAUGACGAGCCUAUCCAAUAUUUGGAUGACACGCUGAAUGGGUCGCAGAAGAAAGCUGUGGCGUUUUCUCUCGGUGAAAGCGAGGUUUCAAUCGUCCAUGGACCACCAGGGACCGGAAAAACAUAUACCGUGAUUGAGAUUAUCAGACAGCUAGUUGCCAAAGGCCAACGCGUUCUGGUUUGUGGACCCAGCAAUAUCUCGGUCGACACCAUUCUAGAGCGACUCCACGGCCUUUUACCGCCAGACAAUCUUCUCCGCAUAGGCCAUCCCGCGAGACUGCUUACCUCUACUCAGCAGCACUCGCUCGAUCUUAUACUGAGGACCUCUGAGCCGGGGCAGAUUGUACGCGAUAUUCGGACCGAGAUUGACGAGUCGUUUGCAAAGAUCAAAAAGACGAGAUCUGGGCGGGAGAAGACGCAGAUUUUCAGAGAUAUCAAAGAUCUUCGGAAAGAGUACCGCGCACGAGAGAGGAAAGCGCUGAAUGAAGUAUUGAAUCAAGGACGGGUUGUUGUAUGUACUCUUCACGGAGCAGGAAGUAAGUUUCUCUCUGGGAUUGAGUUCAACACAAUCAUCAUUGAUGAGGUAUCUCAGAGUCUGGAGUCGCAAUGCUGGAUCCCGAUUCUGAAUCAUCCAGAGGCUGAGAAGUUGAUCAUUUCUGGCGAUAAUAAGCAGUUGCCUCCUACGAUAAAAUCGGUGGGCAAUGAGAAAGUAUUGGGAGUCACACUGUUUGACCGACUAGUAGCAACACACGGGGACAGCAUCAGGAAUCUACUUAAUGUCCAAUACCGAAUGAAUGAUACCAUAAUGCAGUAUCCUUCAUUGGCAAUGUAUGAAGGGAAAUUGCUCGCAGACGAUUCCGUUAGAGAUCGUACGCUGGCAGAUCUAGAAUACGUCACAAAAUGCGAAGAGACAGAGGCAAAAGUUCUAUGGAUCGAUACCCAAGGCGGCGAAUUUGGCGAGAGCGUGAGCGAGGAAACCGCAAAGUUCGACCCGGACGGUGGUAGUAAGUCCAAUGACCUGGAGGCGUGGCUGGUAGUGCAAGAGGUCUCGGAUUUACUUGAUCGAGGCGUUAAGGUGUCGGAUAUCGGAGUCAUUUCGCCUUAUAACGCGCAGGUGUCGCUGAUUGCUAAGCGCGUGGAGACAUUUCUUGAGAACCGGAAUAUCGGGCUUUCUGAAAAGGAGGAGAAUGUUUUAGAGGUCUCAUCAGUGGAUGGCUUUCAAGGACGAGAGAAGAAUGCUAUUAUUAUCUCGAUGGUUAGGAGUAACGACAAGGGCGAGGUUGGGUUCUUGAAAGAGGACCGACGACUGAAUGUUGCGAUUACUCGACCGAGGAGAUAUCUCUCCAUUAUCGGAGACUCGGAAACGCUCUCGCGAGGCUCAAAUUUUCUAAAAGGAUGGGCAGAUUGGGCCAUGGACAAUGCUGAGAUCAGAUAUCCGGAUGUAGGCGAGGUCCUGGAGUUUGCGAUGCGAGCGAGUUGAUGUUGUAAAUAGCGGGUUUAUAGAUGUACAUUAUCAAUA